AUGCCGGUUCUUCACAGAGCAAACCUGCCGAAUUUUAUCCGUCUAUGCGUUCGAAAGGAGGAUGCUGGACAUGUAGAGCUCGUAGUUCGUAUUCUAUCGCUUCCCUCCAAGCUUUUCAUAGUGGUGACUACAGCUAAUAAUUUUCGUUGCAUAGAGGUCAAGUGUGAUGAAACAAAGCCCACAUGCAAACAAUGUCAUCGUCUUUUUCAUCAUUGUGACUGGGAACCAAGAAUCGCUUUCAAGUAUGAAACAAAUAAAAUUGUAGCCCGUACGACAGGGGUUUCUUUGGACAGUUGUUUGGUCUGGAAUCCAUCCGCUUCCAUUACGCCUCCGCCAAGCAAUCGACCAAAGGAACAUGACACAUUACCACCCUAUAGAGAAUUGUCAACCGACGAGGAACGCGAGAAGAAGGCUUCCUAUGACCGACCGGGAGUUUAUACUUUAGCCGUUAUACCGGAAAGUUUUCAUGGGUUACCAGAGUACCAGACCCAAAGCUCACGCCUGACAAGCUUUGGUACGAAUAGGAAGCCUUCCGCUCAUCGAUUCCAGUCAACCAGGCCAGAUGUUGUUAUCCUAGAAAGAUUUGUAGGAUAUCCGGGCAGUCGUGGCCAGUCAGAAAAUCCACUCUCCAGGAAAGCCAGCUUGGAAAAAGUUUUAUCUCCCAACGAGGUACCCUCCAGGAAAGCCAGCUUGGAAAAGGUUUUACCUCCCGGCGAGCUACCCACCACACUUGAGGAUAAAGAGGCAGACUCAUAUCUACUGGAUCAUUAUCGGAAUGUGCUGGCGAAUCAGAUAUGCUGGUUGGGUGAACAAGCUCCGGGGCCAGAUAUAUUUGAAAGAUAUUCUGCAGAUUACUCUCCUGUAAGUAAAAACAAAGACAUCAAAUCUAGACACUUACUUAUAGAGAAGUUGUAUCUUGCAAUCCUGGCUUUGUCUUCCCUAAGUCUAUCUCAAUUGAACAAUUCACCUUUUGAGGAUGUUUUGGAACGAUACCAUAUGGUCAUUACCGCCUUGGGCAGUUCACUCAAAACUACGGAAGACGCCCACUCUGAUGGGGCGCUGUUCACGCACUAUUUACUUUUACUAUUUGAGGUUGCUGCGACCGGACAUCGUGAAUUCAACAUGUGGGAACAGCAUUCCGAUAGAAUUCUAUGUAUUCUUCAGCUUCGGCAGAAAAUUUAUGGCAAAGAACCACAUGGAUUCAUUAUUGUUUAUACCUCAUAUGUUGACAUGUAUGCUCUUCUGACCACUACUGGCACAGGGUCUUUCAGCAAAGCCAUUAUUGAGCAAAACAUGCUGCCGCCUCCCGAAGACGCUCUGGAGAACCGAUCGCUCAACAUGAUUUUCAUCCCGGAAGCACUUCGCCAGAUGCCAGAUUUGCUGAAGAUGAAUCGAGAACUAACUCUGAUCGCCCUUGAAAUGGCACAAACGGGACGAAAAUUGAAAAUUGAAGAAAAAGAUCUCUCAAAGCCAAGACUCGAAGUUAACAUGAAUCGAUGCAGAUCCAUGCAAGAUUUGCACGUACUUCUGAUGAAAUUCCAUGACACUUGGUCUAGAUUUUUAGAGAGGAAGACGCCGGAAGAGAGCUGGCUUCACGAAUUGGCACAACUUCCAAGCGGACCAUUUACUUGUAGAACACAUGUACAGUUAUUUUAUCGAGCUUGCAAAAUCUACUAUCACACAAGUAUGUAUCAAGGUCAAUCGUUGGUACUAGCAGCAGAAGUGGGAGAACAACUCUCUACAUGUGCCAGAGAGAUAAUUUUGAUAACCGAGAUGAUGAUAAAUCUAGGGUGUCUUGAGUUUAGAUUCAUAGUAUUCCCUAUUUUUAUGGCGGGUAUGGCAUCUCGGGUGAAGGAAGAGAAACAAAGUGCUCUAGAAUUUCUUCGCAGAUUGGAGGAGACAAGCUUUGGUUCGAAUACAAACACCACGAGAAAGUUACUCGCAUCGAUAAUCGAAAAACAAGAAGAAGCGAUCGCUCAGACGGGAAACCAUUUGUGUGUUAGUUGGAUUGAAGAAUUGGAAUUGAGUGGACUACAAUUAAUUAUGGUGGGCUUGUAA